CUGAGAAACUGUGGCGGAGAGAAAGCCGGAGGAGAAACUGCUGCUCAGCCGGAUAAAACUCGGAUGAACCAGCGGUUACCGGACGAGAGGGAGCGGAGUUUCCAGCAGAGAUGGAGGAAGACCACAGCGAGCAGAUGAGACCGCUCCUCACAUCUGGGAACGAUGAGGAGGCAGUGUUGGACCAGGGAAAGACCAGCUCUACUCUGUACACCAACUUUGAAAAGGAGGAACUAGAGCGCCAUCGUACCGUGUACGUCGGCGUCCAUGUCCCUCUGGGCCGUCAGAACCGGCGCCGCCACCGCCACAGAGGACACCGCCAUCACAGGAAGAGGCGGGACCGUUUGGACCGGGAUGAUGGGAGGGAAUCACCCACAUACGACACGCCGUCCCAGAGGGUCCAGUUCAUCCUCGGCAUGGAGGACGACGACGAGGAGCACAUCCCCCACGACCUCUUCACGGAGCUGGACGAACUCGCCCUGAGAGACGGAGACCUGCAGGAAUGGAAGGAGACUGCAAGGUGGCUGAAGUUUGAGGAGGACGUGGAGGACGGAGGGGAGCGUUGGAGUAAACCUUACGUGGCCACGUUGUCCCUGCACAGCCUGUUCGAGCUGCGCUCCUGCAUCCUGAACGGAACCGUUCUGCUCGACAUGCGAGCAAGCAGCAUCGAUGAGAUCGCAGAUAUGGUGAUCGACAGCAUGGUGGCGUCGGGGCAGCUGGAGGAGGAGGCCCGGGAGAAGGUGAGGGAGGCCAUGCUGAGGCGGCACCACCAUCAGAACGAGAAGAAGCUCAGCAACAGAAUCCCGCUGGUCCGGUCGUUCGCUGACAUAGGCAAGAGGCACUCCGACCCCCAUCUGCUGGAACGCAACGGUCUGGUGGCCUCGCCUCAGUCGGUUCCUGGAAACCUGGACCACACUAAGCACAUUGAGAACCGCUUCAACGGAGGCAGCUGUGAAAACAGCACCGUGGACUUCAGUAAGGUGGACAUGAAUUUCAUGAGGAAGAUCCCUCCUGGUGCGGAGGCAUCCAACGUUCUGGUGGGUCAGGUGGACUUCCUGGAGCGUCCCAUCAUCGCCUUUGUACGUCUGGCUCCGGCCGUCCUGCUGACGGGCCUUACAGAGGUUCCCGUGCCCACAAGGUUCCUCUUCCUGCUGCUCGGCCCGUUUGGAAAAGGUCCACAGUACCACGAGAUCGGACGCUCCAUCGCCACGCUGAUGACGGACGAGAUUUUCCAUGACGUGGCUUACAAGGCAAAGGACCGCAACGACCUGCUGUCAGGCAUCGAUGAGUUCCUGGACCAGGUCACCGUGCUGCCCCCGGGCGAGUGGGACCCCAGCAUCCGCAUUGAGCCCCCCAAAAGCGUCCCGUCUCAGGAGAAGAGGAAGAUGCCGUCGGUCCCUGAUGGCUCCACCCACGGCUGUGAUGUGGUGAAGGAGGCGGAGCCUCACACAGUACCCGAACUUCAGAGGACGGGCAGGAUCUUCGGCGGUUUGGUGAACGAUGUUCGUAGGAAAGCUCCGUUCUUGUGGAGCGACGUGCGAGACGCCUUCAGCCUGCAGUGCGUGGCCUCGGUCCUCUUCCUGUACUGCGCCUGCAUGUCGCCCGUCAUCACCUUCGGAGGGCUGCUGGGCGAGGCCACCAAAGGAAACAUAAGUGCCAUAGAGUCUCUGUUUGGGGCUUCUCUGACGGGCGUGGCGUACUCCCUGUGCGCCGGACAGCCUCUCACCAUCCUGGGCAGCACUGGCCCGGUUCUGGUCUUUGAGAAGAUCCUCUUCAGCUUCUGCAGUGAUUACGGCCUGUCUUACCUGUCCCUGAGGACCAGUAUCGGGCUGUGGACGUCCUUCCUCUGCCUGCUGCUGGUGGCCACGGACGCCAGCUCGCUGGUCUGCUACAUCACGCGCUUCACCGAGGAGGCCUUCGCCGCCCUCAUCUGCAUCAUCUUCAUCUACGAGGCGCUGGAGAAGCUGGUGCACCUGGGAGAGCUCUACCCCAUCAACAUGCACAACCAUCUGGACAACCUCACCUUCUACACGUGUCAGUGCGCCGAGCCGGCGAACGCCUCUGCCGAGCUGCGACAGAUGUGGCACAGCAGGAAUGUGACGCCCGAGAGUGUGGAGUGGGAGCAGCUGAGCGUGACGGAGUGUGUGUCUCUCAGAGGUCAGUUUGUGGGUCCGGCCUGCAGCCCGAGCGGUCCGUUUGUUCCAGACGUUCUCUUCUGGUCCGUCAUCCUGUUCUUCUCCACGUUCUUCUUCUGCUCCUUCCUCAAGCAGUUCAAGACCAGCAGAUAUUUUCCCACCAAGGUUCGAUCGACCAUCAGUGACUUUGCUGUCUUCCUCACCAUCCUCAUCAUGGUUCUCCUGGAUAACCUACUUGGAGUUCCUUCAACCAAGCUCAACGUGCCAGACCGCUUCCAGCCCACCUCCAGUAACCGGGGCUGGAUCAUCUCUCCUCUGGGCCCGAACCCGUGGUGGACGCUGCUGGCGGCGGCCGUUCCUGCUCUGCUCUGCACCAUCCUCAUCUUCAUGGACCAGCAGAUCACCGCCGUCAUCAUCAACAGGAAGGAGCACAAGCUGAAGAAAGGCUGUGGCUACCACCUGGACCUCCUGGUGGUGGCCGUGAUGCUGGGUCUGUGCUCCAUCAUGGGUCUGCCGUGGUUCGUGGCUGCGACCGUUCUCUCCAUCUCGCACGUCAACAGUCUGAAGCUGGAGUCCAGCUGCGCCGCGCCGGGAGAACAGCCCAAGUUCCUGGGGAUCCGGGAGCAGCGUGUGACGGGCUUCAUGAUCUUCGUCCUGAUGGGCUGCUCAGUCUUCAUGACCUCCGUCCUCAAGUUCAUCCCGAUGCCUGUCCUCUAUGGAGUCUUCCUCUACAUGGGCGUCUCUUCUCUCAAAGGCAUCCAACUCUUUGACCGCAUCAAACUGUUCGGCAUGCCGGCCAAACACCAGCCGGACCUCAUCUACCUGCGCUACGUCCCGCUGUGGAAGGUCCACGUCUUCACCGCGGUGCAGCUGUUCUGCCUCAUCGUGCUGUGGGUCAUCAAGGUCUCGGCCGCCGCCGUCAUCUUCCCCAUGAUGGUUCUGGCUCUGGUCUUCAUCCGGAAGCUUCUGGACUUCUGCUUCACCAAGAGAGAGCUGAGCUGGCUGGACGACCUGAUACCAGAGAGCAAGAAGAAGAAGGAGGACGACAAGAAGAAGAAGGAGAAGGAGGAUGCUCAGCGAAUGUUGGAGGAGGUGGCGGACGAGGCGCCGUACGACUUCCGAGGAGUCAUGAGCCGAGGACGCGCCGACCCGUCUGAAGUCAACAUCUCUGAUGAAAUGGCGAAAAGCGGCAUCUGGAAGUCCGUUACCAUGACAACGGCCGAAGGCAGCAAGGGCCUGAAACGCUGCCCCAGUCAGGAGAAGCUGCCCAGCAUCCAGAUAACCGUGGAGAAGGAGGACGAGCGCAAAGUCGUGGACGCAGAGACGUCGCUAUGAUCCGCCUGUAGGGGACCAGAGGACCAGGAGGGCGGAUCCAACGUCCCCGAUUGGACGCUGCAGGCUCUCCGUCCUCUCGGAGCGAGGGGACAGUUUGCAGCGGGACCAAUCGGAUGCCACCUCCUGUAGGCAGUGUUUUCAAGUACGAGUCAGUUGUUUUCAUUUCCUCAUCGAUUAAUGGUGAAAACUCUGAGAUUCCCUCCGCCAUGAGCCAGCUCCACUUCCUCAGGUCUCAUCGGUUGCCUUUUCCUCUCUUCUCGGUGGUUUACUGCUGCGCUGUGAUUGGCUGCUGAGCGGACAGGAAAUGAAUGUGACGCUUUUAAAGUUUCUGCUUUCAUGAAGCAGACGUCUUAUUUAAUCCACCCAGCUGAUCAUGUGUGUGCGUGUUUGUGUGUGUGUGUGCGUGCGUGUGUGUGUGUGCAUGUGUGAGUAUUUGUUAAUUUUAAUGAAGUCUGAUUUAUUUGUUAAUAAACUGAA